UUAAGAAAAGUUAAGAAAGAAAGCAAAAGUGAUUACGACUGAGGAAAAAUGGCCCGGAAAAUUGGUCUUCUGACCAUGGUGCACCUGGCCAGCGUCGCGAAAACCCUGGCCGCCACUCGGCCCUACCCGCUGCACACACUGUACCUACAGUUUCACCCGAAAGUGGCCGCCUCCGUGAAGUGUCCGCGGGCUUUAGGCCGGUUCGUGGCGAGCGUUUAUCAAUCGUCGGUUUGCUGGAUCGGAGCCGACGUAGAUCUGCGCAUCAUGACCGGAACUCUCCGAACCGGACACCCCAAUGCGAGCGCAUUUUCCGCCCACCGGAAACGGCUACCAUCGGUAGACUAUCUGUUCUAUGAUUAUGCCGUCGCUUCCGGUAACGAGGAGGCCGUUCUCGCGCAACACUUUCCAGGUGCCCAGGUUGUGGAACUGACGGCGGAUGGUGGGGCAGAGACCGGCACACGGAUCGAGGUGGUACUGGAUCCGGCAGAGGAAUGCUACCGAAAUGUGGUACUCGGUGGAACGUUCGAUCGAAUCCAUGCCGGGCACAAAGUGCUGCUUACGCAAGCGGUUCUCAUGGCAACCGAGCGGCUAGUCGUUGGUGUAACGGAUGGGGCCAUGAAUCGGGGUAAAAAGCUAUACGAACUGAUACUGCCAACCGAACAGCGGAUUGCCACUCUUGAGCAGUUACUGCAGGACAUCGAUCCCACGCUGCGCUACGAAGUGGUGCCGAUUGUGGAUCCCUUCGGACCUACGGCUACCGAUCCGAAUAUGGAUUUGAUCGUGGUCAGUACGGAGACAGCCCGGGGUGGUACAAAGGUAAACGAGCUGCGAACCAAGAACGGGCUGAACCAGCUGCAGGUGCACACGAUCGAGUUGCUCGAUGAUGAGGCGACAAUUGAAGAUAAGGAGGAUAAGAUAAGCUCGAGCAACUUGCGAAUGGACCUACUCGGAACGCGUUUGAAGCCACGAAAGCCAGCUCCCGGCCAGCUACCGGCAAAACCGUACAUCAUCGGAUUGGUUGGCGGGAUUGCGUCCGGUAAAAGCAAAAUGAUGGAACGGUUCGAGAAGCUCGGAGCCGGUGUAAUCGAUUGCGACAAGAUCGGUCAUCAGCUAUACGAACCGGGAGAGGAAUGCUACAAGCAGGUGGUGGCCACGUUCGGCGAUGGGAUCGUACAUCCCGAUGGCACCAUCAACCGUCAGGCGCUGGGCGCGAUCGUGUUCGCUGAUCGAAGCAAGCUGGAUCAAUUGAACGGUAUCAUGUGGAAUGCGAUCCGGAAGCGAGCGCAGGAAGUGGCACGCAAUCUUUACGAGCAACAGGGCAAGGAGGUGGUGAUUAUGGAGGCAGCGGUACUGUUACGCGCCGGUUGGCAGCAGGACUGCCACGAAGUGUGGUCCUGUAUCAUUCCACGCGAGGAAGCGAUCCGUCGGUUGAUGGAGCGAAAUCAGCUGGCCGAAAAGGAAGCGAUACGGCGUGUCGAUGCGCAGGUGACGAGUACGGAAGAGAUCGUACGACAAUCGGACGUGGUGUUCAGCACGCUGUGGAGUUACGAGUUCUCGCAGCAGCAAGCGGAACGUGCCUGGGGCAUUGUUCAGAGCGAAUUAAAGCUCAAACUGUAACCAAACAUGAUGUUUUGUUAACCUAUUUUUAAUCGAGUUUUAGUUGAUCAAUGGGUGGGUUUGGAAAAUAAAUGCGGCGCAUGUAAA